AUGGCGUCCUCCGAGGUGGACCAAAAGUUCUUGGGCAGGCUGGCGAGAGCCGUUGAGCAUGACAAUCCAUUGCUGUCCUCAAUGCUCUUCAAGAUCCUCGGCCUCUCUCUCAACCUUGCUGAGCAACUCGUCGCCGCCAAGAAGCAACGCCGACCCGACCCUGCCGCCUCCCCUCACUUCCUGAAGCGGGUGCUGCACAUCAUAUGGCUCGCCCGCGAAGGCCUCGUCAUGCUGCAACAAUACGUCAUUCCCAUGGUGGGCAACUACGUCGAGCUCAAGGUCUUGGCCUACAAGCUCCGCGCCAGCUUCCACCACAUAUUCGUCUUAUUCCACAACCAGCCCUCUGUAUCCAGUAUGGCCAGCUGGACUCCAGAGCUGAUGCAGGUCGCAGCGGAAAUGGUGGCUAAGACGGACAGGAAGAAGGACGUGGAAUCUGCCAGCGAUGACCCGGUGUCGAGGUCAUCAUCUGUACAGCCUACCCAUCCACUGGAGGGCGGCCCCGUCGGUCCGCCACCCGGCUUUGAGGUGCACGUGGCUUUGCUUCCGCCAUCAUUCCUCAUGCCUGCCCAAGAUUAUCUUCCCACCGCUCACCAGUAUUUCAAGGAGGCCUCUCGCCUGGCCGACCAGCUCCUGUGGGGGUCCCACUCACUGCGACUAUCCGUUAAGACCGAGUAUGCCGCAUUCCUGUUCGACUGCGUCCACGAUGCCGACGCCAGUCGCAAGCUGGCAAAAGAAACCAUAUCAGAGGUCUACGAAGCCACCGAGGGCAUGGAUGAUGACAUGUUCAGCGACGCCUGCGAGCUCGUCACCGUCUUGGGCAGGAUGAUGAAGCGUGGACUGGGUUCCAACGGCACGAUCCGCAGCAAGGGCCAAGAAGCCACGAAGCAAUCAGUCGCGCUGCAAGCAACACCUCCCCUCGGCAUGGAAAAUCCUAUAUAA